AUGUCGCAAAGCUCGCAAGGACAGUACAAGUUGGCAAAAUUUGCUUUCAACAUCUAUGGAUCACUAGGAACCCCUCAAUCGAACGAGUCCGUCUCUCCUAGCUCCUCACUAAAUUCGAGACAUUCAAGACAUAACCAUUUCACGGAUAAAUUGGACCAGAAACCAGUGUUCAUUUGUGAACGGGAAACACAAGCAUUGUCCCAGCUCAAUUGUGGCAUUCAGAUCAGCAACUACAACAAUGGAAACGAACUUCGACAUCAUGCGGUUAUUGGUGGAAAAAACUAUCUUCGUUUAUUAUGUUUGAAUGAAGAUCAACUGAAGGUAUUGCAAGACUUGAACUUAUUAGAUACCAAGUCGGUUUACACGACGAGAAGUCCGAAUAAACUACAAAAUAUAAACACAAUCAAAACGUGUUCAAACACUGUUGCCUGCGGACUUUCAAAUGGAAUCAUCUCGCUUUACAAGGUAUCUUCAUCUGGUCAGAGUAAACUACACGCGAGACUCUCUGAUCAUAAAAGAUGCAUCAAUUCACUUGACUUUAUUGAUUCAGAAAAUGUGCUUGUGUCCGGCUCCCAGGAUGGAAGUAUAAAGUUGUGGGACUUGAGGGCUUCUGUGACAAAGCCGAUGCUAUCAUUGCAUGCAGCAUUGCAUAAUGAUCCUAUCAGAGCGUGUCAAUAUAGCCAUCAUUCAGCGGUUAGAAAUAAAAUUUGCAUUUUGUCUGUCCAUGAUUCUGGAGCCUUGUGCAAAUUUGACUUGCGAACUAGUUUAGCCAAUAAUCCACAAAAUCCAGAUCGUAAAUGGAACUUGCAUUCGGGACCUGUUUUGUCCUUGAGUAUACACCCAGAGAAGGAGUUUGUUGCCACUGGUGGUAGGGACCAAAAAAUCUGCAUUUUCAACUACAGUGACUCGCAGUCAUCUACAAGAACAUCUCCGGAGUGCAUGAUCAAUACGUAUGGGUCAAUCUUAAAAGUGCGAUGGAGUCACUACGCAAAUUACAAAAGAGGUGACUUUGAUGAUAGAAAUGCAACGCAAUUAUCCAAUUAUGAUAUUGCUUGUCUGUACCUCAAUGAUGACCCAACAAUUACCACGUUCAACUUGGACAGAAAAUUUAUUCCUAAACGUAUUGUCAAUUCCUAUGAGCAAAAACCUGUAUCCAACUUUGUGUGGGCUCAAAAUGGGGAACAUUGUCACAAAAUUUGGGCAUUGACCAAAGCCAAUGUGUUUACCACCUACAAUUUAGACCUGCACGGUGAUGUUGAUGUAAAUCGUCCAUUGGAUGAUUUAAAUAGUGUUGCCAUGACUUGGGAUACCAACAACGAUUUCAUGAUGGUCAAUCAAGACAAGCAUCAAUUUGGCGUAGGUGACGAAUCUGGUAUUGAAUUUUAUGAUCUGGGAGACGAGCGGAGCCAUUUUAACGAUAAUGAUGAUGCUGAACUACUGGCGAAUUCACUUGCAGCUUCUCCUGUUGAAAAGCCCUCGCUAAUCCGGUCGUACUCGUAUAAUCCAAUGCUGCAGCUUGGAGCAAAGUCACCACCACCGGUCUCGAGACACACGAACUCAUUUGAUCCACCCACCUCUUCAGGGUCUGCCUUUGGAGGACGACGACCGGUACUUACCAAGACGCCAUCACAAGAGUCUUCAACUUCAUUUGGAUCGGCUCCACCAGGUACUACAGCAAAGAUGAAAAAGGCAUCAAAAAAAUCCAUUCCCUUUCAUUCUCCUUAUGCUCUUCCUGUGUCGUUGACAUUGCUGUUGAACGAUGAUUACAUUUUUCAAACUUUAUCCAAUGACUAUUUAAUGUCCAUUCCUGAUGGGUUUGGAAUAUUUGACGUUUGUUUGUUUAAUGCAAAUGUUGCAGAGAGAGUUGGACUCCAUCGGACAUGCCAAGUAUGGAGAAUGCUUGCUUACACUCUUCCAUCUGAGUUGGUUGGGAAUGCAGGUCAAUUUUUGGAAGAGCCAAGUGAAGCAUUAGUGCAUCCUCUUGAAUGUACAAACUCGCUGUCACAUGUUGAACAAUCUAUCCAGUCUGAUUUGGGUAACGUAGUUGGCUCCUUCAAUUCAAACUCCACUCACACCACCAAUUUCGGGAGAAAUUUGGGAAAGCAAACAAGUGACGGUGCUUCUCUUCACAUGGCUUCUCCGGGCAAGAAUAGUCGUGCAAGCAGCUUCACGCGACUAACCAAUAUCCACAAUGAACCUUUUAGUCAGCACGCAAAAUCCAGGCCAAUUCUGAUCAAUUCUGAAAAUCAAAUGACCGAGUUUCAAAAAGAAAACGUAGACUUGAUGAGUGCUGCUUUCCCUACAUCUAGUCCAAACUCAUUGGGAUCGAGCAAUACACAUGCUAGCGUUGUGUCACUGUCAAGAUCUUUGCGAAAUAUACAACCACAGGGGCCGCAGGCGCAAGAGCAACUUUUUGGGGAGGGUGCAAAAGACGAUCACAAACUCCAACACUCCCGUUUUCCCACUACUGUAUCCUCUGAAGAUCUACAAGCUUGGAGUUUUACAAACUUGCUAAGAAAAUCACUUGACUACGCCCAACUACAAGGUGAUGUUAUAUUUUGCGCCAUUGCUGGCGUUUUAUUCUUUAAUCUCACAAUGGUUGUUUCAAAGGAAGAGUGUUUGGACUGGCUCCUGAUGUAUAUUGAGAUUUUACAAAGAAAACGAUUAUCUGUUGACGCUACAAAGGUGAUAAACUCUGCACCUGUUGAGAUACAGCUGAAUCUAAUGAAGCAGUAUACAUCAGAUUUGAUUAGGCUAUACUGUUCGUCUUGUUCCAAGUUGUUGGUCAAUGAAGAAUCAAAACACAAUGGCAAAGGCGAAUUUGGAUACUGGUACUGCGACACGUGUCACAGAAAACAGUCAAAUUGUAUAUAUUGCAAUGAACCUAGCAAGGGCCUCGUUGUUCUUGUGAGUUUAAAGUGUGGUCAUCGUGGACAUUAUGGUUGCUUGAAGGAGUGGUUCGUGGAAGGAGAAAAUCUUGAAUGCCCAGGCGGAUGUGAUUUCAAGGUUCUUUAG